GCGGAGGUCGGAGACUCCCUCGUCGUCGUCGUCGCUGAAGAUGGUACAGAUCGGUGCGACUCUCCACAGCUGAGCCGGCCACUGUUCCAGUACAGCACCAGCGGUCACCCAGAGCUGCAGGAAUCCAGCUGACCACAGUUGGACUGUCCUCAUCCCGCGAAUGACACUUGGCUAUCACAGCUGGCACCAUGCUCCCCCGUAACUUGCGAACAGGUGGUUAUGACCUGCCGGGGGUGGAGUCAAGCGACGUGCCUCUCAUUGGCUAUCGGCCUUUACCACUUGACGGCGACGCACCGAGCCCCCAAUCACGGAGGGGGAGCGGCAGCGAUGAAUUGGAAACUUCGCAGGCAGAGCCCUCACCGAUGAAGACUACCUGGUACUGUCCUCUGGAUCUGUCCACUGUGGUGGAGGAAGAGGAGGAUGGAGUGAUCUACACAGUGGUGGUCAAACAGCAGCAUGCAGGCCCCACCAGUCCACUGUCAGCAGGUUCUCGCUCCCAGUGUGUGAAAGCAGGGACAGAAGAGAAGCUGGUGCUCCACCUCCUCCACUCCUUUUCUAUGGGAGACUCCUCUUUCAUCACCAUCUUCCUCUCCACCUACCGCUCCUUCACCUCCACACUGAGAGUGCUGGACAUCCUCACUGACAGAUUGGAGAAUCCACCUGGGGACAGCGAGAGGAGCCAGACGAGACAAUCUUUCAACAAAGCGGUGUGUACCGUGUUCAGCACAUGGCUCACGGAGUAUCCUGAAGACUUUAAGAGUUUGGGGGAGCCCGAUCGCCUGCUGCGCCUCGCUCCCCUGCUCCCUCAGGACUCCUCCUCUGCAGCCGACCUCCGCGCUCGCCUCCUCAGGAUCGCCGAGGAGCUCAGCGAGAAAGCCCUGCUGCCAGACGCCCAUAAAGAUCAGAGCAGUUUCAUGACCCCGCCUCCUGACCCCUCCAAGUUUGAACCCACCAGCAUCCUGGGAUUCCCUGCACCUCUCAUUGCUGAGCAGCUCACCAAGAUAGAGACAGAGCUGUUUGUCCGUCUGGUCCCGUACCACUGCCUCGGCUCACUGUGGUCUCAGAGGGACAAGAAAGGGAGGGAAGGCGUUUGCUGGUCCGUCCGGGCCACCAUACGUCAGUUCAACAAGUUGGCCAAUGCCGUGCUAGCAUCGUGCCUUGGCCCCACGAAGCUGCGCAGCCAGCAGAGAGCUCGUCUGCUGGAGAAGUGGAUCAGCGUGGCAGAGGAGUGCCGAGCCAGAAAGAACUUCUCCUCACUGUACGCCAUCGUGUCGGCCCUGCAGAGUAACCCCAUCCACCGGCUGAGGAAGACGUGGCAGGACACCGACAGGGAGGCAAUGAGGAGAUACGAGGAACUGUCAGAAAUAUUCUCAGAGAAGGACAACUACUCUCAGAGUCGAGAACUCCUCAAGGAGGAGGGAACGUCAAAGUUUGCCAACAUUGACAACAGGCUCAACAGCAGACAUCUUAAUAAGUCCAAUGCCCAGGGCACCGUGCCCUACCUGGGUAUCUUCCUCACAGACCUCACCAUGCUGGACACAGCUGUCAAAGACAGGCUGGAUAAUGGCUACAUCAACUUUGACAAAAGGAGAAGGGAAUUUGAGGUUUUAGCUCAAAUCCGGCUCCUGCAGUCUUCCUGCAAAAACUGUGUUUUCAGCACUGACGAGUCCUUCAUGCAGUGGUAUCACAGCGUACCUACACUAACAGAGGAGGAAAGUUACAGACUGUCCAAUGAAAUCGAAGCGCCCAGUGAGCCGAGCCCCCGUGGCCUUACUCCAACAGUCAUCAUCACACAGUGCCCAGACUUGAGCACGUCGCGGACCAGCCUGGCUGGUGACAGCGACAGCCUCUUUGACUUCCCCUCACCUGUCAACAACCUGCUGUCAAAACUCACAAAGCAUAUGAGAUCUCCAUCUGUGUCCUGUCUGGAUGUUGACACGUCGCCUCCUACCAAUGACUCCACCCCCGCCGCGUUGACUCCAACCACUCCCACAAAAUCCCACCGCCGAUCGGCCUCCUGCGGCAACAACCCCCCCAAUAACAUCCAAGGCUCUGGGCCCGACAUGCGAAUCAUCAGGAUACGGAUGGACCUGCAGGAUGGAAACCUAUACCGAAGCAUACUGGUUACGAGCAAUGAUAAGACCCCCACUGUGAUCAGCUCUGCCUUAGAAAAGCACAAUCAGGACCCCAAACAGGCGUCCAAAUAUGAGCUGAUCCAGCUUCUGCCUGAAGGAAGAGAACUGGUCAUCCCUGCUACAGGAAACGUCUUCUACGCCAUGACAUCAUCUAGUGUUGACUUCCUGUUGAGGAGGAAAGGCGGGAACACUCCUCUCGGCUCACAGCCGAUCAGCACAGAGACGAGCGCCACGUUUCCUCGAAUCAAGGCCAAGGGGAGGAGACUGGUCAGGACUCUGUUUUGACGUCAGAUUUUCCUCGACUUUGUUCACAGCACAGUGACAUUUUUCUCGUGCUCCUGACAUGAACGCAGAGCGAUCCCUCACAGACAGAUAAUGUGGCCUUCUCCGUGCAAAACAAACAAACAAAAAAAAAAACUCUACAUCUGCCUUUAUCCCAUGCUCCUACAAAGCUGGUUCUACCAAAACACCAAGACCAAGACCACGUGAGUCAGACGUUUCAGACCCCUGCCGCCCCUCUGUGUCCACCACAGCCGUCUGCUGCUGAAGAACACUGUCAGUUUUUUUCCAAACAAUAUGCAUAACUAAUUUACACCCAGAGGAAAAGCAAUGGAAGCCUUUUAACUGAGUGAUUUUGGUGCUGGCUCUCGAGUCCCAGUCAGGUAGCACUUAAAAAACAUUUCUUUUUCUUUUUUUUUCUCAUUCCAUCUCAAUGAAUAAGAUGUGUUUUUAAUUACCACCAAGAAAUCCCUUGUUGUCGUGUGCCUCAGCUGUGAGUGACAUGUCCAAAUGUAAGAAGAUUUAAUUGGUCAGAACGUGUUUUCAGUGAUCACCCAUGAGGCCGUCGGAGGAUUUACGACUGUUUUGGGGAAGAAUCAUGAUGAAAUCUGAAAGUACAGAGCCUGUCUGGUCUGGUCCUGGUAAACAACACACAUCAGGAGGACACGUGGAAGAAGAUGCAGGGGAUGUGCAUCAUUGUAGCAAAACACUGGAGCUUGUCAUAUGAGAUAUAUGUUUUUUGUAUAUAUUUAUAUAUUUUGUACGUCUGCGUGAUGUCAACAUUGUGUUUACACUGGCAAGGAGCUCUAUGUCCAUAUGUCUGAAUUGUCAAGUAACUAAUUCAUCAAGGAAAAAUACAUCAAAUACCUGCAGUGUCCACUUUAAAACAGGCCAGCACAUGUAAAACAUAAAGCUGCAUUAAUCUAUAUUUUUAUAUUAACAUCAAAUCGUAAAUGUGAAGGUGAAAAAGUUGUGAAGAACCUGUGUCCGAUCAUCACCGACUCUGCAGCUCUAGUGAGGUUUUUUAGCUUGUUUUGGUUACACAGCCCAGAAAUGUAUGUCAUGGUUCCCUGUCACAGCUGUUGUCAAAACCUUUUCAAGCAGCAGCAGUUUUCAGCAAAAAACAAACAAACAAAAAAAAGCUCUAACUAGCAAACAGACAGUAAAACAUCUAGAAGUGAAAUAUCUGAGUGAGCCAAAUUCUCUCAGAAGUUGCUAGAGACCAAACUAGAACUAAAGCAGUGUAAUAUGGACUUGUUUUCAUUAGACGGACAGACAGACAACUCUCGCAGCUGUCAGCGAAACAACUUAAUAAGGCAAUAAUAUACUAAACAGCUCAUUUCGGUGCAUUUCUUCCCCCUGGUGGCCAAAAACUCAUUACUGCAGCUUUAAAAACAACUAGCAGCUUUUCUAACCUUGUGGCUUUGCUUCAGUUUAUCACUGUGGUGCCAAACCCAUAAGGACAACAAUAAGAAAAAGAACUAUAUAUAUAUAUAUAUAUAUAUAUAUAUAUAUAUAUAAAUCUAUAUAUAUAAAUCACCGGUUAGGUUUAAGGUUUUCCAGGUCUGAACUUCUCAACAGAGCAUAAGCUAAACUUAAUUUAUGCAGACUUUGCAGCAGCUCAGCAGGACACAUCUUCACUGCUGUUUACAUUCAGUACAAAGACUCAGCUCUGAUCGCUCUUUUUGGAACAACUUCAGUGUAGGUUUGAAACACCCAACCUCGACUUUGACAUAAGUCUUGUGACCUCUGGUUGUCGUAAUCCCUGCUCAACGCUGGUGAGGCCUCCUUAUCGGCCGAGGCACGAGCAUGACUGGACCGGGGAGAGGGUUCUGGGUAAUAAUAGAUGACGUGUGCUAGCGUAAUGCUAUGCGACUGAUUGCUUUAGUGCCUUUCUCUAAAGGGUGCUCACCUUUCCCAUGAUUGCAUUAGAAUGUAUACAGUAUACAUGGAGGCAAUGCAGUCACCUCCAGUGCUGUGUAGUCUCACAUCAAAGCUCUUUAUGCACUACAUACAGGAUGUCCUAUUUUUGUGGUAAUAAAUUUACUUUUAUAUGAA